GGGGCCGCUACACUCGAAGCUCAAAGGCAGCACCAAUUAGCAGUUUUGUACCUUGAGCGGACGGAAUAUUAAAUAGAUGACAAUGGAGCGGCGAAUCGCUGGCGUAAUCUACAUAUUGAUCACUUUCGCCCUUGUUAAUGAAAUGUCAAUAAACGUAUACGCCAGGGACAACAACAACAAAAGGCGCACCAAAGAGAAGAGCGGGGGCUUCCAAAAGAAUAUUUGCGAUAUCACAGACAGAGACUCAAAAGUUCACUGCUACUGCGAAAAUACUAGAGAGCCCAGGAAUGCGACUAAAGCGGAAUGUUGGGUGUUCAACGGCGGAAUACCGCGCGACGACCUCAUCUGGCAGAGUUUUGCGUCCCAACCAAUUUUGCAAACUUUGUCUUUUAACGUCCGAGUCGAUGGCGCUCUAGGCUAUAUACCUACAAAGGCACUGUUCUAUUUACAACGCUUGAAGUCAAUCAAUAUAAAGUACGGCAACAUCGUCGAUGUUACACCGUUCUCUUUCGCAAACUUAACUAAUCUUAAAGAAGUAAUCUUGUCUCAAAACCAAAUCGAAAAUUUACACCAAUACUCUUUCGCUCAUCUGCCAAACAUUACAACUCUCAAUUUAGAAGAAAACAUGAUCAUAGAUAUCGACGCCGAAGCUUUUUAUGAUUUGCCAAAACUUCAGAAGCUGGUGUUUACCAAGAAUAAUAUAUCGACGAUCAGAAACGGCACUUUCCAGCACACGUUCAAUUUACUGGAAUUGGAUUUGAAUAAAAACAACAUUUACUAUUUGAACCGCCGGACAUUCGAUGGAUUGGCGAAUCUGAGGAAAUUGGAUCUGAGAAAGAACCGAAUACAGAAUUUGACAGAAUUCACGUUUGCAGAGUUGUGGAAUCUACAAGAAUUGUUAUUGGGCAAGAAUGAUUUGCGGUACAUAUCGGAGAGAGCGUUCGACGGAUUGUCUCAACUUCGGAAGUUGUCCCUGGAUGACAAUAAACUGGCGUCGCUGCCGUCGGGGCUGUUCGAGGGGGUGAGGGGGCUCAGCUCCCUGGACUUGCGCUCCAACGAGCUGCACGCGUUAACUUUCGACAAUAUCAAGCCUAUAUUGGACAACUUGAAACCACAGAACAGCAAUCUACUACUCGAAGAGAACAACUUCGUAUGCGACUGCAGAUUAAAAUGGAUGCAUUCUCUGCGAAACGAGACAAAAAGUCAAAACACAAAGGAGUCCCUCGACGGCGUAACGUGCAAAAUGGAUCCUCCCAUAGUGAGCUCCGCUUACAACAAAAUGCCUGACGCCAUGGACAACAAACUGGAUUACAAUCAAGACAUACUGCACGCCGGUCUCACCAUCGAAACGUUGAACGAUAAAAUGAAUGUAACGGAAAAGAAAACGCUACCAGGCGACCUAUCUAAAGACGACGGUAAUGAAAUAUCCAAAAAGGGUGUUAAAAGGACUGUUUUGAAAAUCCCAGCAGAAACCCUUCCGUGCCCUAGGGAAGUAAUAAAAACAACAGAGAUACCACCUUACAUUGUAGAUCCUGUGAUACCAAUUCAGAAUGAAAUGAAAACAUACAGAUUCCACGAAAUGAAUUCCGGUUUUAACAAUUUGAGGUCUAGUUUUAGCUUUGUAGUAUUAUGGAGCAUUUGUUUUAGAUUUUUCUUUACUUAAGUAAGUGAAGUAUUUAGUCGUUAAAGUAAGUGAGAUACAGACUAUUAAGCCGGCGAUUGAUGGCUGCGCACGGGUAUAAUGACUAACACUUUACUAAGACCUGUAUGAAAUAAACAAGGGAGAUUUACGACGAAUAGAAACGUAAUCUAUUAUGAUGUUGAACAACAUUGGAGUAGGAAAAACAAAGGUGAGUGAGUGACGUUGUUUGAAAAACAGGGUCAAUUUAUUUGGGAUACGUAGGUGUAAUGAAAUUAUAAAAUCGACUAUUGAAGUAAAUUGCUGUGUAAAUAAAAUUAAACAAGUAAUUUUAUGUACUGGAAGUUUUUCAUCAUCUUCAUAAGAAUUAAUAAAUUGCACAUGAUUAACAGAAACAUUUUGAUACAGCAAAAAAAUACACUAAAUAGGUUCUAGAGUAGCAUAAAAUACAUGACAGAGUUAAUGUUAUAUCUUAAACAAUAGACGAUCGCAUAUAUAUUAUAUUCAAAGUAGCUAACCCUUAAAUGAAUAGCCUUUUUACUGCCGAAUGUAAGUGAAAGAAAAAACUAAAAAGAGGAAAAAAACGCUUGAGAUCAGACUAUUCUAAAAACAGAACAAAAGAAUAAAGUAUUUGAAAUAGUCUAUCCGUCUGCAGCAAUCAAAAGCCACAAGUACUAAAUAGGCCACGAUUUCAUUGCAGAUUUAAUUUCUAUGAGCACACAGUAUUUACGCAAAAAACGUGAUUAUCCAUAUGAAUGUUGUAAAUUAUAAUAAUAAUGUUAAGUAGAUGUAAUGUAUAAAGCUCUGUUUUAACGCACUCGAAUUUUCACUCAUUAAAAGUUGUUUUAAGGAUAAGAGGUGCGAACAUGUUUGAAUUUCUAAUCUUCGAGUUAAUGUGUUUCCAGAAAAUAUUUUCGAGGUAAUAUUUAAAUGAUGAGCGAAUUCAUACUUCAAUAUUUAUCGUUUGAUGUUUAAAUUCAGUCAUGUAUAAUAAUUAACACAAUUAUCAUGUUUUAUCUCCAUACAUCUAUGUUUUGCGUUGAAAAUUAUAAA